ACCUACCUUCCUGUCGGUGACUAUGCCUUUCUUUUGUGGAACGUUUUCGCUGCUUUUCUACUGGACUUGACUUGGAAAUCGUACUUCAGUCAUCCUCCAUCUAGUUACGUAUUACUUGAGCAGGACGAGGAUGAGGAGCUUCCACCCAAGGAAACGUUUGAUUUAAUUUUCCGUCUGCUGCAGUAUUGUAAACGAGAAUGGAUCUGGCAUGUCUCGGGCUUUUCAUGGCUUUUCAUCUAUUCUAUUACUCGCAUCUUCUCACCGUACUAUACGGGCCAGGUUAUUGCCACAGUGGUUGCAACGAAAUCUUAUCCAGCUCUAGCAACUUCCAUCUACAUUAUGAUCAUCAUCUCUCUUGUGAGACUCGCCGCCGACUGUCAGACUAUGUCCGAUACGGUUGCUAUGAAUGUGAACGUUUUCCUGAGGGCAUCUAUCCCAAUCGCAUUCAGAAAUGCUGUAAUGUUGAUGGGAUCAAUGAUUUUUAUGAUGACGUUGUCGUGGCGACUUUCGCUCAUCACCUUCAUUCUCGUGCCCAUUAUAUUCGUUGCUUCGAAGAUUUUCGGAUCAUACUAUGAUAUACUUUCCGAACGAACUCAGAAUGCCGUCGCAGACUCGAACGACGUUGCUGAAGAACUACCAUCUAGUUCUAUCGACGAUGCGAACGGUACGAUCAUUGCGUGUGAAGAGGUCGAGGGCGAUCGGUUCUACAUGAAGCUGACGAAGACCCUUAACGUGACCAAAACAAAGGCGAUCGCCUACGUUGGAUUCUUAUGGGUAUCUGAGCUUUUCCAAACAUUCAUCAUUGUUGCAGUCAUGUGGUAUGGUGGUCAUUUGGUACUCAGUGGGAAAAUGAAGUCAGAUCUGCUCGUUUCAUUCCUACUCUAUCAAAUGCAACUCUGUGAAAAUCUGCGACAGAUGGGAGAAGUGUGGACUGGUUUGAUGCAAUCGGUUGGAGCAAGCAGAAAGGUAUUCGAGUAUAUCGACCGUGUUCCAACAAUUCUUCAUUACGGGACAGCUCAGCCGUCGGUGUUGAAUGGACGUAUUGAGUUCCGUAACGUCCACUUCAGCUAUCCAACUAGGAGCAACAUUCCGAUUCUUCGUGAUCUUUCGUUCACGGUCGAGCCGGGAGAGACGGUCGCACUUGUUGGUCCUUCCGGAUCUGGAAAGUCAUCAUGUAUUGCCUUGCUAGAGAAUUUCUACCAGCCAAAUGCUGGCCAGGUGCUUGUCGACGGUGUACCCUUGGAGGAUUAUGAGCAUCAUUACAUCCACAGAAAGAUUGCCCUUGUUGGCCAAGAACCUGUGCUGUUUGCUCGUUCUGUUACUGAAAAUAUCCGGUAUGGUGUUGAUGUCAUGGAAGCGGAGGCGAUUUACAAGAAUCUUGACGGCAAAAGUGUGAUCCUGAUCGCACAUCGAUUGUCCACGGUCGAAAAAGCAGACAAGAUUAUUGUAAUCAAUAAGGGUAAAGUGGAGCAAAUAGGAACGCAUGAACAACUACUCAAGCAACCGGGUACAUACGCAACACUCGUUGCGAGGCAAAUGAUGGGCGAGCAACGACGACCACAGCGAGCCCAACUUAUGGCUCCGACACAGUCCAGGGCGGUCAGCGUUAGCGGUAGUCAUCACGUUGCACCAUCUCUGCUAUCCACGAGUUUCACGCACUCAGCGAGUAGUGUGACGUCGCGCUAG